UGAAACAAUUCCACAUCCGGUUGAAGCGAUGUUUACAACGCAAACGUCGGGCGGCUGAAUGCUGAGUAUCUAGAGAGAAGUCUGCAUUCACGUCGUGCAUUACAACCACUUUGCCCACAAACAGAUGGCAUCUCAGAUCCCCAUAACCGUCGUCAGGGCUCCGCCGGCAGCCGCCAGCUCCGCCGCCCUCCGAGGGAAGAAACGUCCCGGUAGUCCGGCGGUCUGUACCGCUCCGCAGGUCACCGGGAUCACCGGCAUCACCGGGAGCAGCAGCAGCAGCAAGAUCACCGGGUGCACCGGGAGCACCGGCAGCAGCAAGAAGAAGAAAGGCCAGCUGACAGCGACUCCAACUACACAGCUACAGAUAACAGCAGUGGAGUCGGUGGUUGAGGUGAAGACAGUGGGAACAGUUGACUGCGUUCCAACUGUCAUCACAGAGUCCACCGCAAAGCCUCCACCGUUCAAAGACCCCGCAUUUAUGCAUUCUGGGAUCGGUGGAGCAGCAGCAGGUAAAAAGAACAGGACCUGGAAGAAUCUCAAACAGAUUCUGGUUUUGGAGCGGACUUUACCCUGGAAGCUCAAUGAUCCCAGCUACUUCGGCAUUGACGCCCCUCCCUCCUUGAAGCCAACCAAGAAAUACUCUGACAUCUCUGGACUCCCUGCAAACUACACAGACCCUCAGACAAAGUUACGCUUCACAUCCUCUGAGGAGUUCUCCUACAUCCGCCUCCUCCCCACUGAUGUUGUUACUGGCUACCUGGCGCUUCGAAAGGCAACUUGCAUCGUACCCUGACAGCCGAGCUGUGUGCUUGAAACCUGAAACAGGUUCAAACCAGAACUGAACUCAUGUCAGUGUGGGAAGCUGUCGGUCCAGCCAGGAGACUGAGAGCGCCGGCUGCUCACAGAGAGGACACAAAGUGAACGCCACUGAAUGGACAACUGCUGGAGCUCACAGGCUGGAUACCGCAAAACCUUUGCACCGCUGCUUUUAAGAAAAUGCAAUCUGAGUCAUAAUUGUUAUUGUGUGACAAAAUAAAUAACACAAAUGUGAAACUUGAGUUUUUUUUCUUACAUUUAAAAAGAUUGUUUAUUGUAUUUGUGACACAUUUCUAUUGAACAGUGUUGCCAAUAGCUGGUUGUUAUAUUGUCACUCUAUUCGAGAAUAUCCAAUGAACUGGACAAAACAUGUUUUAUUUGUUAAGGAGACAGAAAGUGUUUGGAAGUUCAUUCAAAAGUCAUCAAUAGAAUAUUAUUUCGCUUUUUUGUUAAAAUACAUUUCCCAGUAUACUUGAUGACAUUUCCCCAUUAAGUGCUUCUAUAAAUCCUGGGGCAAGUUUGAGAGCUUGGUGUGGAUUUGCUCCUGCUAGGGAUCAUACAGUUGUUUCUCAAGUACUGAAUACAAGCCUUACUGGCAAGGAUGCUUUACGCCCCCU